AUGUUCACCGAUCACACCUACACGCUCUCUGAUAACAUCCAGAUUUUCUUCACCGACAGUGGCCCUCCACCGGGUUCUAAGGACUACUCGACUCUCGUCGUUCUUCACGGAUGUGGCUUCAAUGGAUAUGGUUUAGAGAAACUGCAUGGCCUUGCCCACCAGUUCAAUCUCCGCACCGUCCUCUGGAAUCGACGUGACUAUCCCGGCUCGACGCCAUACACAGAAUCAGAACUCGAAGAACUCGAGCAAGGCCAGAAGAUUUUCAUCGACAGAACUGGGAGGCAGCUCGGCGAGUUUCUGGUACAGUUCAUCGAGGUGGAAAAGAUACCGAAAGCUACCGAUGACUUCAAGGCAGGAGGUAUCGCGAUCAUGGGCUGGUCUGCUGGUGCUGCUUCUGCUAUGAUGCUCUUCUCCGAUGCAGAUGUUGUUCCUUCCGCAACGUACUCGAUUCUGGAACAGUACGUGAAAGAUCUUGUAUUGCUUGAACCCCCUCACGCAUGCUUUGGGUACGAACUCCCGCAGGGGCUGAACUACUACUACCCUUGGUCCGACCCGACUUUGAAAACUCCACAGCAGCAGCUUCAACAGUUCCGUGUCUGGAUAAGUUCCUUAUAUGACCAUCCCGAUCCCGACUCCGGGAACCCUCAUCACCUGGACAUUAUGACGCGCGGAAGCACUGAUGCGACUGUCACAAAGUGGUCCAAAGAAGAGAUUGAGCGGUACUACACCGAAAAGGCGGCUGAGAGAUCUGAAAUGCGUCUAUUCAUGGAACCAAUGCAACAGACGCUCAGAGAAAUGACUGAGCGGGUGUUCUACGAUAAUAACCUCAUCGAGUCAUACUUCCCUCGUCUCAAGGUCACUAUAACCUAUGGCACGAGGACAACUUGGCAUUGUCUGUGGGUCCCGAAGGAGAUUCAGAGGAUUCACGAUGAACGUGUUGCAUCGGGAGCGAAGGCGCGGCCUAUGAAAUCAUACAAGAUGUCCGGAGCAAAUCAUUUUGUACACUGGGAGCACCCGUAUCUCUUGCUGAAGACUACGACGGAAGGGAUGAGGAGGUAG